AAAUUAUGCACAGUUUCUACCACUGCACUGGAAGCAUAUGCUGCUAUCAAAAAGAGGAAGGGAGGAAAGAGUUUGAAAAGUUUGCAUAGAUCUUUCAACGCGCUCUAUCUUACUAUUCAACAACGAGGCUGUGGUGGUUGCUUUUUGUACAAGAGAAAGGCAUGUUCUGUUUGCUUUGCUGACUUCACCAGGCAAAGAGCAAACAUGACAAGAGUGCCUCUUAUGGAAUGGAACCCGCUGUUUGUUUCCAAACCUCGGCUCUUAAGAAACUGCAGUGGACAGAAACACCAACACUCCAUUGCCGCUAAGAUGUUAAGGAGAACAUCCAUUUUUCAAGAAAAACUAAAUGAGCGCAAUCUUCACCAACAGAAAAUUCUGCAUAGUGCUUUCAUGUCGUUGAAUUGGCAUAGCUUAAUGCAACUUUCAAUCGACGUUGAAGUGAGGCAUAGGACUAGAGAAACUAGAACAUUUCUGGCACAAGUCAGUUUGGUCGGUGAGAGGAAUCUUCAAAACUAUGGGUAGGGCUAAAAAAGGGAAAAUCACCAAAGCCGCUAGUGAAGCAAGAUGUUACAGCCUGAUGGCACACGAUGUGACUGAUAUCCAGGUGAAAGAACAGAACAUCAUAUUCAUCCAGUACAUUCAGAAUACACAAGUUCAGUUCCGAUUU